AUGGGAAAUGAGAACGAGCCGCUGACGAAUGCCGCAUAUAACGACCACCAGUACUUGUCUGUGGUCGCCACAAUACGCCACUCCUCAAAUGUCGAGCUCUACGGCUGGUCGUCACAAUCGAAGACCUGCCAAAGGAAGGACUGGGGCCAUCACAAGCUGGAAUGCACCAGACUUCGCCAUAUCCAGCAGACUCCAGCAGACGCGAAUUUGCUGCAUGAUGUAAAUGCUUGGUUUGGUAACAACCCUUCCGUCACGGACCUCGUAGCUUCAGUGAUAAGGUCCACUGGUCUCCCUGAUGCCCGCAAGAAGUUUGCGUUCCACAUGGUUGUCGAGCACAACCCGAUGCAAACACGGAAGUGCGACCGCAUACGAGUGGCAUCUCACGCCCUCGUGUCCUGGGACGAUCUUCCUGCUGUCGGCUUCGGAAAGAAAUUCGCCUCGGAGAUGCAAGCGCAGAGAGAUCGGAUGGAGAGGAUGGCCGGCUCUGUUCAGCCUUACGUCGUGCUGCUAGCGGUCCAGGUCAUCAACCCACGCAUGUUGUUCGGAAUACCUUACCAUAUCGAUCGUCCUAUGGUCUGA